CGGGCCGGGCGGCGGCGGCGCCGGGCGAACGGGCGGGGGAACGAAGGAAGGAAGGAAGGAAGGAAGAAGGGAAGGACGGACCGACCAAGCGACGCGGCGCCAGGUCGGAGGAGCCGCGGCCGCGCCCGUGCGUGUCGGCGGCGGCCAGGAUGGAUCAUCACCAGCCCGUCAGCCGCUACCAAGUGCUUCACAAUGAGGAUGACCCCCCAGAGUCUUCAGCAGCUGAGCAGCCUUCCACAUCUGCAGAGACUCCGCAGCCUCCACAGCCAGCAGCCUUACCUGAGGCAGAUACUUCCCCUCCUCCUUACUGUAGCAUAGCUGUGGAAGCAGCUGCAACCUCCUCAGACACACACAAUGAGUUUUAUCCUGUACCACCUCCAUACAGUGUAGCUACCUCUCUUCCUACGUACGAUGAAGCGGAGAAGGCCAAAGCUGCAGCCAUGGCAGCUGCUGCAGCUGAAGUUGCCCAGCGACACGCCCAGUUUAGGGAAUCUAGGAGUCAAUCUAGGAGUCUGUUUGAUGAAAUAUUCCUCAGUCGUCCAGAGGAAGAAGAGUAUCCACCACGGGAUGAUUUCAGUGAUGCAGAUCAGCUUAGAGUGGGCAAUGAUGGCAUCUUCAUGUUGGCAUUUUUCAUGGCAUUUAUUUUCAACUGGAUUGGAUUUUGUUUAUCCUUCUGUAUAACAAAUACCAUAGCUGGAAGGUAUGGUGCAAUCUGUGGAUUUGGUCUCUCCCUGAUCAAAUGGAUUCUCAUUGUACGGUUUUCAGAUUAUUUUACUGGAUAUUUCAAUGGACAGUACUGGCUUUGGUGGAUAUUUCUUGUACUUGGACUCCUUCUGUUCUUUCGAGGCUUUGUUAAUUAUCUUAAAGUCAGAAAUAUGUCUGAAAGCAUGGCAGCUGCUCACAGAACAAGAUUUUUUUUCUUGUACUGAAGACUGCAUCGAACAGACAUUCCUUUCCUGUGCUGGUGUGAAACUUCCAGAUGAUCUGUAACCCUCCAAGUUAAUAAGAUAGAAGACUACUAAAACCAGAAGACAAAUUAAUGAAAAUAUGGCUUCAAAAAUAAAUGACAGGAUGGCUUAUGAUCAAGUACCAGUUCUUGUCAUUCUAGGAAAUAUUUAUAAUUGCUGCCUUUUGUUUUAGCACAUUUGUAUAUGUGCUUGUUAAAAAGAUAGUUUGUUCUUACUUCAAUACUAUCUGUAAGUAUAGAUUAGAUACAGUCAGACUCAGUAAUCUCUGCUUGUUAUAUCUGAAAGAUUUGAGUGGUAACUUGUUUCACAGCUUGUGUGUACCACUGACUUGGUGAUCUGAACUUCUGAGUACAAUGAAAUGCAUUAAAUAAUUCAGAUUAACCAGUUUAGACAGGUUUUUUUAUAUAAUUUAGAUUCAUCUAAUGAUUGUAUAGAACAUUUUUAAGUUUAUUAAACCCCAGAAUUCCUUGUCACAAACUUAUAUUCACCAAUAUUUUAUUGAAUCCAACACAGUAUACUGGUUUGUGCUAAAACUGAUACAUUUUGAGUCCCCUGUAAAUAACUCUGCAUAAAUGACUGUUUUAAUUGCUUCUUAGGAAAUAUGUCAAAAUAUAUUUUGUAACAACAUAUUCUCUAAAUUUUGUUUAAUCCUAGAGCUAUAUACAUAUUUUUUUGUUAAUUGGCUAUUAAAGUUUAGUUAGUAGUAGAUGUAACUUUGGAGGUUUGCAUUCUUGAGGUCACUAUAAAUACAACAUCCACAUUGAGUGCUUCUCAAAAAAAAUCAUACAACUACUUUAUAAUGCUUGUUUAGAAUAAAUACAUUGCCAUUUUAUAAGAACAAAUGAGUUUAAAUGCAAGGUAAUUUGGGAAGUAAUCUAUGAAGGGAAAAAAGAAAUCUCUUAAAGCUCUGAAAGUAGAAAAUGUGUUUUACCUCUCCCUUUGUUCAUUUAAGGUAUGCCAUUACGUUCUUAUAAAUAUCAUCUCUUUAAGGGGUACUGUCUGCAGUUCAUGCAUGUGUAGUUUCUUUUAAAGUUUGUGAAAUUUAUUCUUCUUUAAAUAGAAGACAACAUCUCUCAGUCCUUUGUACAACUGGAAUCUCAGUUGCAAAAAUACAUUGGCUGUUGGUUGCACCUUUGAGGAAAAAUGUACAAAUAGUUUCCUCUAUUUUCUUUUUAAUUACAAUUCUGGUUUUUAUUACUAACGUUAAAAACAGUGAGGUUUAUGUUGUGUUAAGCUAGUGCUGUAUUGAGUUUUGUAUCUAUAAUUAAUGUUUAAAAUAUACAUAUGUAAACAUUUUCAUUUUCCUAACCUUUCAGAGAUAACUGUUAGUGACUAAAACUUUAGGGGCACCUCUACUUUUCAGCUUUUUAUGGAAGAAAAAACUUAAGUAUUAUGUUCAAUAUCCUAUUGGGAUUUCCUUCUAAAGUUCUAUUUGUUUCUGUGUUCUUUUGCAUUCAUUGUCCAGAUGAAAAAGAAGCGAAUAAUAAAGCAUUGCUUUGUUUUGCUAAUUAAGA